AUGGAUGCAGAGAGAGCUUCUUUCUCCAACGAAACCGACCAUUCCCGAGAGACCCAAGAAAAAUCCGAGGAGAUGAACGAAGAAGCAGUUGCAUUCGAACAUUUCCUUAUAGGCCGAAGCAGACAGAGAAGACAACGGACGACUUUUACUCCUUUCCAGAUCACAGCUUUAGAGGACUUGUUCUCCAGGACCCACUAUCCAGACAUCUUCGUAAGGGAAGAACUAGCUCUUCAGAUCAACCUGUGUGAAGCCAGAAUACAGGUAUGGUUCCAAAAUCGCAGAGCUAAAUGGCGAAAAGAGGUGCGAUCGGCUGGACUUGACUCUCCUCUCCGCCUCCGCAACAUGGUGCAACAAAUUCAAAACCAAGUACAUUCGUACCAACCACCACUUAAAAGAGGAAUACCUCAGAUAACCAGCACUCUAUUUAAUUACCAAUUUAUGUCUCCAAACAAGUUUAAUGGUCUUGCUGCUCAUCAGCCACCAGCACUAUUUCAACAAGAACAACAAUCCAAUCAGCAAAAAGCUAUGCAUAUACUCUCUGGAUUUCGACCACAGUAUGGAAGUUUGUGUAGCUGUGCACAUCACUCCCUGAGUACUUUACCAGGAGAUCAAGCGACGCAUUCUCUUACACUGGAACCAGUUCCACUGGUCAUGAAAAAUUCUACAAAUAUUGGGAAUACUCCGGAAAAUGAUAAAAAUUAG